UAGGAGGGUGCGGACCUCACAGCAGUGACAAACACUGUGACAGAGUGGGAGAGGAGACUAAACAUGCUGCGAACACAACUUAGCCUCACUAAGAUGCAUCUUUUACUGCUGUUACCGAUGAUAAUGGGGGCGUUAAUGGCUGCUGCUCAGCCCCGCUGCGACCCUCUGACUCAGUAUGAGAAGAAUGGAGAGUGCUGCAAGAUGUGUGGUCCAGGGACCAGAAUGUCGUCGUCUGACCCUUGUCUGGAUCCUCGGUGCGUCGACUGUGGCGAGGAUGAAUAUCAGGAUAAAUACACAGCUGAACUCCGAUGUCAACCUCAGCCAUACUGUGACCAACAUAGAAACUUUGAAGUUCGCGUCAGUAAGAACAAGAAGGAAGAAAUCCCCUGCAUGUGUAAAUAUGGAUUCCACUGCUCCAGUGAAGAAUGCUUAACCUGUGUGCCACACACAACCUGUGAACCAGGACACGGGGCUCGAAUCAUAGGCAACCAUGCUCAUGACACCGAGUGUCAGGAAUGUAAAGACGACACAUUUUCCAACAACACCUCGUGGGACGGUGUCUGUGAGAAGUGGACACAAUGUGCGGAUGGAUACCAAAUCCAAAAGAGUGGAACAGGCAUGUCUGACAACAUCUGUGAGAGAACCCCACGGAAGCAUAUCCUUGUGAUCUGUCUUGUGAUUCCUGUGAUUUUGAUUCUUCUCGCACUUGCAUUGACGUACUGGCGAUGCCAAGGAGAUGCAUCGCAAAAGGUAAAGAUCUGUGUUGAAUCCUGCAUGGGAGAACACGAGAAGAAGCCGCUGAGAGAAACCACAGUGCCGAUGAUGCAGCCAGAUUAUCCCAUCGAGGAAGAGUCCACGUUCCCUCAGUCCUUACCGGAAGAGGGUGGCGCGGGGCCACCGGAGGAAAACGAGCAUGAGCCGCACCAGGAGAUGUCAGCAGUAGGUCGCACUGAACUGGGAAACGUUGUGGCUGAGGAGAUCGGGAAAUCAGCAAUCGUCUCCCGACAGGAAUCCCAAACAGAGACCUUUACAGACUGAGAACAGCUGCUGAUAGUGCGUGACUAUGAGUGUGACCUGUUGUGUGUCGUCGCCCCAUGCUUCUCUUGUACAUAAUUCUCCCCCUAAAUGUAUAUAGUAAUUAACUAAAUCUAGAUUGUGUGUUGAAAUACUGUAACUGUAGUGUAACAAUAGUGGGAGAGUCUAACAUACUACAUAUAUGAAGUCAUUAGCUUGGAGGUUGGUAGCAUUUCUAUAAGCUGUGGACUCAGUUUUCAUUGUGUGUUUAGGCCUGUAUUGUAUUUUGAUGUUAUCAACCUCUGUUUCAAUUGUUUACAAAACACUUGUGUAUAUAUUUGCUCCAGAAGUGUGUUAUGAUGAUAAUGAUUGUGCAUUGAAUGUAAUUUUAAAGCCUUUUAUUUGCAUUAAAAUGUGUGUUACGUAAAUGUUAAA